AUGUAAUAGCGGGAAGAAUAAUUUACGCUGUAUAAGUUACUGAAUGUGGAACCAAAAGCAACUCAAAGUGAAAUUAAAAAAUCAUAUAGACAAUUGGCCUUGCAAUUACAUCCAGAUAAAAACCAAGAAGAUGCUAAUGCUAAGGAGAAGUUUUAAAAAAUAUCUGAGGCCUAUUAGAUUCUUUCGAAUGAGGAGAAACGAAAAAUGUAUGAUGAAACUGGGAUGAUUGAAGGGAUGGAUGAAUUUAAAAAUGCCUAUGAAUUCUAUCGAAAUUUAUAUCCAAAGAUCAGCAGGGAGGAUAUUGAUAAAUACGAAUUGAAGUAUAGGUUCAGUAAGGAGGAGGAAAAAGACUUGAUUGAGUUUUAUAAUAAAAAUUCUGGGAAUGUGAAAUGCAUACUUGAGAACAUAAUACUGAGCAAAAACGAAGACAUCCCACGCUUUUUGGAAUUCUACGAUAGAAUGAUCAAACAAAAGAAGAUCACGGAUUAUAAAAUAUAUUAGACCAGCAGAAACAAGAUCAAAACCUUGAGAGAAGAUCCAGAGGCACAAUAGAUUGACAUGGAUUAAUUGACGAAAUAGAUUAGACAGAGACCCAAGAAUACGUUUGAUUAGUUUAUCUAAUAGAUGGAGUAGAAGUAUCAAAAACCAAAGAAGGUUAAGACUUAAUAAAAAUGA